UAUAUUUGCUUUAAUCACAGACCCUAAAAUUAGCCUUUCAUUUUAACUUUCGAAGGGUUUGAUCAGAUUCAUCAGUUUCGACAAACAACAAACCCUAAAGCACGUCUCAAUCUCUCUUUCACAAUCCAAAAACUCAUUGAUCAACCAAAAAAAAAAAUCAAGUUUCUGUUUUCGAUUCCAAUCCCUUGCUUCAUUCUUUCUCUAAGAUGGCUCUAAAGGAGCAGCUAGAUAAGUUCAACAAACAGCAAGAGAAAUGUCAAUCUACGCUUUCUAGCAUUGCUUCUUCAAGAGAAAGAUCGGGGCCUUCGUCGAGGCAGAACGUGCCUCUUCCUGCAGCGAUCACUCAGACUAAGCCUGAUCCUCCUCUCAGGUUUUCAGACAAUACCAAGCAACUUCAGUACAUUAACAACAUAAGAAAUGGUGCUGUUGGAGCUCAAAUGAAGCUUGUCAUUGAUCUUUUGUUGAAGACAAGGCAAGCAUAUACGACAGAGCAAAUAAACAAAGCUUGUUACGUUGAUAUGAAUGCCAAUAAGGCUGUUCUUGAUAGUUUGAGGAAGAAUCCUAGAGUGCAUUAUGACGGAAGAAGGUUCUCUUACAAGGCUAGGCACGAUGUGAAGGACAAGAGCCAGCUUCGUUCGUUGGUAUUCAAAUACCAAAAUGGGAUUGAUGUGGCUGAUCUCAAAGAUGCAUACCCAAACAUCAUGGAAGAUUUGCAGGCUCUGGCAGCUUCAGGUGACAUUUUUUGGAUUACAGGAAACACUGUUUCAAAAGAGGGCAUUGCGCAUCCAAAUGAGCCCAUCUAUCCGUUUAAGAUUGAUAACGAAUUGAAAGCUAUAUUCCGCGACAUGGAAACCCCGAGCGACAUGCUAGACGUGGAGAAGGAGCUGCGAAAGAUUGGUUUGAGGCCGGCCACAAACACUGCGGAGAGGAGAGCUGCUGAACAGCUCCAUGGCGUACCGAAUAAACCCAUAGAUAAGAAGAAGAAGAAACAAGAGAUCAGCAAGAGAACCAAACUCACCAAUUCUCAUAUGCCUGAGCUCUUCAACAGCAUUAACGCUAGCAGUUCUCGGAACUGAGCCACAUACAUUGCGCUUUGAAGUUCUUCGUCUCCGGUCCUAUUUAAUUUUUCCUACUCCAGUUCUCUGAACUAAUAAGUCAAAAGAGGAGGAAAGUAUUGACAUCUAUUCUUGAUGAAGUACCAAACAUAUGUUUCUCUUACAAGUUACGAUAAAAUCAAAAUCAUGACAAACGAAAUAGAGUUCACAUUAACAAAGACAACUUGUA